AUGGCCCCCUAUACACCACUUCACGAUCGCCCACCUUGCUUUACAAGCUUACCAACACCUCCUUAUCCCCGUGAUCCUCCUACGCCCCGAUACGCCUCUCCUGACUUGAACCCCUCCAUCCCCUUUCCUUCGCAAAACAUCAUGUCAUCCGAGUCGGAAGCAGACUACAGUGAUUCACAUCAAGUCUCACAUAGUAAUGGAGGAAGCUCAAGUUAUACCCCUAGAGUGAGAGAAGAUGAUUCCGGACCUAGUAGGAAAAGAGCACGACCAGAGGAAUACCAGGAAGAUUAUGCCCCACAGUAUGCUCAGACGGGAUCGAGUUAUAUGCAAUUGACAGGAUCUAUAUUCAAUAUAUCUCCUCGAAAUCCAUUUACCAGCGUUGUGGGAGACUUCAUCAUGGCUAGUGCUGCAGGACUCGAUAAUAUAGAGAUCGAAAUUAAAUUAGGUAUACUGACUGCUCCUGACCAUCAAGGUCCUUCAAGGAGGAUACGACUGCCAACACAAAGUGAGAUGAUUGUACCACCAGACUACCCUCUCGGUCCAUUCCAGUCUACAAUGCAUCCUCAGCAGCAUAAAACGCUCAACAACCUUCUCAACCAAGCUGCGCAAUCUUCCGUCAAUCUUGCUCCACAGCAGGGUAGAGUGAAGUUCUCCCGAUCGAAAUUGACGGAUUCGUUUCAUGGUGCAGGGGGUCGAAAUGGGAAAGUGAGAGUGAGUAGGAGUAGAGAAACAGGCGAAGUGGUAGAGGUGGUCAAGAAGAGACGAGUAGCAGAUAUGAACGUGUAUUGCCCUGGUGCGGCGUUCGACUGGAGGAUCAGUGUCAAUGUCGAAGAACCAUGUGAGAUGCCCGAAGGACCACCAUCGAUGACAAGAGAUAAAGAUCGGGCUACCUAUAGGCAUCAAGUCUGUCAGGUUGAUUUGACGCAUGUUAUGUCCCGAGAGACUCCUCAGUCACGACCGAUAUCAUCGUUCGAACUCGAAAUAGAAAUAUUGGACGUUCCUACGUUAUUGGCCGAAGGCUCCGCGGGAUCAGAUCGGUUUGAUGAGAUACUACAGAAUGUCCUGGACACAGCAAGAAUGUUGGUGAAGAAUUGUGAUCCAGCACCUCAGUAA